AUGGAUGUAUAUACACAUCUACACUAUGCCGCCAGGUGGGGAUACCUCGAUAAAGUAAAGGAGCAGGUCAGUUCUAGGGCGGACCUCGGGGCAACAGAUAGGAACGGAUGGACACCUCUGAUGACUGCCGUGAAGGCAGGAAUAAAAGAUGCUGGGGCCUUCCUCGCCAAUGUGCCUUGUAAUAUCACCAUUGCUGUCGUUGGUCACCAUGGAGUUGGCAAGUCUUGUUUCGUCCGUCAACUACAACAGGAAAAAAUUCUGGAAAGCGGACCGGGCUCGACGGAUACCGCUGAUUUAUACGUCAACUUUUUCGAGUACAACCCGAACACCGGUCUCCGACAAAAACUUGGCGAGGAUGGAGAAAUCAAGACGGGUCGUCGGCGAUUAAAAAGGAUCAUUGAUCAAGAUGCACAACCGUCUGGAAAAACACCACAACAACUCCAGGAUAAUUCCGUGGCAGCAGCAAUGCCAACUAUGGACACGUCUGUCUCGGUACUUUGGAGAGAGACAGAAGAAAACCAAAACGUCGAAAUAUCGCACAGAAAUCUUUCCCGUUCAGAGGAACUGUCUGAUGAACAAAGACGCGUUAUUGGGGAAGUAAUGGGAACAAACAUGGAAGAUUGGGAGGAUUUCGAAUUGAAGGGCCACGUCACGAUAUACGACUUCGGAGGAGAGAAGGUGUUUUAUAACACACAACAUUGCUUCAUGUCAAGCAACAUGGUCUUCGUCCUGUUGUUCGACGUGGCUAUGUGUCUGGAUCCACUCACAGCAAUUGAUGGUUUCGGUAAUCUUUUAACACUAUACCCUUUACAG